AUGUCCAACAGCAGCUCCAUCACCCAGUUCCUCCUCCUGGCAUUCACAGACACACGGGAGCUGCAGCUCUUGUACUUCUGCCUCUUCCUGGGCAUCUACCUGGCUGCCCUCCUGGGCAAUGGCCUCAUCAUCACCGCCAUAGCCUGCGACCACCACCUCCACAGCCCCAUGUACUUCUUCCUCCUCAACCUUUCCUUCAUCGACCUGGGCUUCGUCUCCACCACUCUCCCCAAAGCCAUGGCCAAUUCCCUCUGGCACACCAGGGCCAUCUCCUACUCAGGAUGUGCUGCCCAAGUCUUUUUUGUUUUAUUUUUGAUGUCAGCAGAAUUUUUUCUUCUCACUGUCAUGGCCUUCGACCGCUACAUUGCCAUCUGCAAACCCCUGCACUACGGGACCGUAGCUGGGCCUUUCAGUUUUAGUGCUUUUCUAUUCUGGGGUUGUUUUAUUUUCAUCUUGCUGUCCUAUGUGCAGAUCUUGAGGGCCGUGUUGAGGAUUCCCUCUGAGCAGGGACGGCACAAAGCCUUUUCCACGUGCCUCCCUCACCUGGCCGUGGUCUCCCUGUUUACCUGUACUGGCACAUUCGCCUACCUCAAGCCCCCCUCCAUCUCCUCUGCAGCUCUGGAUUCAGUGAUGGCAAUGCUGUACUCGGUGGUGACCCCAGCCUUGAACCCCCUCAUCUACAGCAUGAGGAACCGGGACCUCAAGGAUGCCAUGAAGAAAGUGCGUGCCAUGUUUGGGUACUGCCAGUCAUCAGAGAGUCCCCCCAGCCUCCAUCACCCUCUAAAGAUGAUGGAGAGUGUCAUCACUAGCUUGGAGGAUGCUGUCCUUGAAGACCAGCUGGACUGA